UUCACGCGCCACAACGGCACUGGCGGCAAAUCCAUCUAUGGGGAGAAGUUCCCCGAUGAGAACUUCAUCCUGAAGCACACGGGCCCUGGCAUCCUGUCCAUGGCCAACGCUGGCCCCAACACGAACGGCUCCCAGUUCUUCAUCUGCACUGCCAAGACUGAAUGGUUGGAUGGCAAGCACGUCGUCUUCGGCCGCGUCAAGGAGGGGAUGAACGUGGUGGAGGCCAUGGAGCGCUGUGGCUCCAAAGAUGGCAAGACGAGCAAGAAGAUCACCAUUACCGACUGCGGGCAGCUCUCGUAAACUCUCCUCUUAACGACUGACCAUUCCUCUGGCAGCCCGGGCGCCGCGCCCCGCUGCAGCUCACCCCGUCCCACCCCGCUCCAGACCUACUGCUGCGUUUCUACUGGGCCUUGGCCCCAUGUGCACGGUCCAGCUGGGCCGCAGAGUUACCUUUAUGAGUCUAAAUAAAACGAGUUAAACCA